AUGGCUCUAACGUGGACGUUUUGGACAUUUGCCAUUCUAUCCGUCUACUUGCGCCUCUACGUAGGGCUCAAGUGCAGACACCGGGUUGCCCUGGAUGACUGGGUCAUGCUCCUCGCCUUGGCCUGCCACACCUUGUUCCAGACCUUUCUGACUCUGGCCUGCGUCACCGGCCUUGGCUACCCCGUGGAUACAAUGACCUUGGAGGAAAUCAUCGCAAUGUCCAAGUGGCAAUGGGGCACCGUGCCGGUCAAUAUUCUCGCCAACACCAUCUCCAGAGUGUCCAUUGCCAUCAUGCUCGUUCAGAUAUUCGGCGUCCACAAAUGGUUCAGGAGAGCCAUCGCCGCCGUGACCGCUACCCUCACGACGUUUGGACUCGUCAACUUCAUCUACGUCUUCUUCCAGACAAAACCAUUCCAGGCAAACUGGGAUGUUCGGAUCAAACCCGAGCGGCGCCUGCAACCUUUUGCACACUAUAUUCUCAUAUUCACUCAGUGUGUCCUGUUUGCCUUGUCAGACUUCAUGUACGCCUUCUUCCCCGUCAUCCUCAUCUGGAGUCUCCAGCUGGCUACCCGGAAGAAAGUUGGCCUGAUUUUUAUCAUGACGGGAUCCUUUAUUACCAUGAUGGCUGCUAUUGGCCGCGUCGUUAUUGUAAGAGACACGUUUACUGUUAGCGCCGAUCGUUCUCUGGACUCGGAUCGCAUCUUCGUCAUGUUCGGCAUCACUAGCCUCUUGGCCUCGGUCGAGGGGUCACUCGUCAUCAUUCUUGGCAGCUUGCCCAAGAUGAAGGCUGCCACAAAACUCAAGUCGUUUGAGGCAAUUUCUUCGUCCUUCAGCUCUCUUAUUGGCAGGCUUCGUACGGGAGGUCAGUCGGACGCUCCAUCGUCGGCGACCAACUAUGGCCGGGCAGAGUCAGAUAUCGAGCUUUGCGCAUCUCAUGGACAUGGCAUGGUUUGCUGUCCUGCGUGUAAGCACCAUUGCUCUGCCCGCGCAGUGGACAUGGACUCGAUGGCCAGUGCUUUGCCUAGAGGGUGGGAAAAUGAAUUCCAGGCGGUGGAGGGCCACGCUGUUAUUUACGGACCGGAAGCCAAGAACUAUGUAUAA